UGCACACCUAGUCCCACCUCAUCUCUCACCCCCUUAGCUCAGUACCUUUCUCCCUUUACGGCCCUCUUCUAUUGCUCUCCUGUCCCCUUCUGGGUCAUCUACUUGUUGGGAGUCUCUGCUCGAAGCGUUUUGGAGACGUUCAACCGUCACAGCCACCAUGGUUCACAGCAGCAUCUGGGGGGUUGUCCUGGUUCUUUUCAGCCUUCCUUUAGUCCUUGCACACAGAGAAAUGGUGUUUGACCCUGCCUUAACUAGUAGGGACCACCCGGAUGGGAUCUCUGGAGAUCAGUCCACUGAAGUUACUACCAAAAACCCUUUCUUGGACAUAACAGGACAGACCUACACCUUUGACUUUGAAGACGCCACACACCCUCCAAUCCUGGACGAUGAUGAAGGUGUUCUGGGACCAGGGGCCAUCACAGCCAUAGUUAUUGCAGUCUUCCUGGGAGCGUCGGUCCUCCUCGCCCUCAUCGUCAUCACAAUCAGGAAAUUCACAGCCUCCUAGAGGGAAAACAUCUCCAUUUUCGUAUGCAUGGGUACAUUUGUGUGUGUGUGUGUGUGUGUGUGUGUGUGUGUGUGUGUGUGUGUGUGUGUGUGGGUGUGUGGGUGGGUGGGUGUGUUUGUGUGUGUGUGUAAGUGUGUUUGUAUUGCACGAGUGUUUGGUCCUGCACCAUUUGUCUCUCACAUCAAACCCUGAGCUCACCCCCUCGUAUUUCAUUUUGAGAUUAGAUGCUUGGUGCCCUAGAAGCUGGAAGUUGUGGCGGGUCCGUUAACUAAAAAUAAAACACUCUGCUGCUCAACGUGGAUGAAUCACAAAAACUGGCUGGCUCUACCAGUACUUAUCACAAGAUCAUCAUUUAGUUGCUUGUGCUGUUUUUAUUUUUCUUGAAAUUAUACUCAUAAAAGUGGCUAAUUGUUCACUGAGACCUUCUAUAUAUCUCUUUCACGUAUCUUGACAUUUUUUUUGCUUUCUCUCUUAUAGAAAUUGUGACGUUUUUGCUCAUUGUGUCGGGUUUCACAGUAAUUUUCCUUGUGCCAGCAAAAUCUUACAUGAAAAGUCACUGAGAACAACUUUAGAAGUAUUUUGCAAAUAUUUGAAGAGUCAAAAAAAGAAGAGAAGAUUCCUAUAAAACCUUUUAAGGCAUGGAAAUAGUGGCCUGGUUUGGCCAUGUUCCAGCAGAGUAAAUAUAAAGUCUUUUGUCAAUUUCUUUUAUGAGAUAAAUGAUUUUAGUCAAAUUAUUUUGGCUUUUUUCUGUUUGCCUGCCUAUUUUCUAUUGGAUAAAUAAAUAACAACAAUAAAACAUUUUGACUACU